CGGCAACGGGAGAGAAGCAGCAGCACUGUGCCAAGCAAUCCAAGACCGAGGUACGCAACCACAUCAACGCGCUGCGGCACCAGACCGACGCCCCACCACCAGCGCCCAGCCUGAACUAGUCACUGCGCGGGCGCACUGCGUGCGGCGCUCACAAGGAUCAAUCUCAGCGGCGCGGCGCGGCGCGUGGAGCGUAUAAAUGAGCGACCCACCCUCCAGCGCGCGUUCUGAGGCGUCCGAGUCGACUGCGUCGACCACAUCCACAACUACGGCGUCGGCGGCCGACGUCUCGCCGGGAACGCGGCGCCGACGGAUGCUCGAAGCGCUCGAGCGCCGGAACGUACCAGCCGCCCGGAAAGCAAAAAAGCGGCGGCCGCAGCGCGUCGCGCCGGCGCCGGCGCGGCCGCGUCCGCCGGCGCCGGCGCCGCAGCGACGACCAACGCCACCCGCGCCGGCGCCACCGCGGCCACAGAUACCGCCACCGCAGCAGCAAGGCGUGGUCGCCCCGGACGCCCUGCGCCGCGCGCUCGAGCUGUCCAUGGCGGCCACAGCCGGCGACGCCGAGGACGACCUGCAGCGCGCGCUGGCCCUGUCGCGCGCCGAGGCGGGCAUCGAGGCGCCGCCGUCGGCAGCCAACCCGCCCGUGGACCUGGCGCGCGCGCUGGCGGCGGCGCGCGCGGCGAGCGCCCCGGAGGACGAGUUGGAACGAGCGCUGGCGGCGUCGCGGGCCGACAACGACGCGGCGCUCGUGGCGGAGUGCCGGGCCGUAGAUGCCGCGCGCGUCGCCGCGGAGGCCGACGCCGAAGCGCUAGCGGAAAGGCGGGCGGCGGAGGAACGCGAGCGCGAGGAUCUAGUGAUCAGCGGCGUCGGCGCUGCCGCGGACGCCGCCCGCGACGCCAUCGUCGCGUCGACGGACGCGCUGGCGGCGGCGCUCUUUGAGCGGCCCGCUCUGAAGGCGCUGUUCGUCGACGGCGGCGAGGCCGCGCGGCGCGGCGUGGUGAAGCUGCUCUCGCUCGGGCGGAGUGCGGCGAAGUGGUAUCCGCUGCACGCGCCGGCCGUCCUGCGCCCGUGUGGAAAUCGAAUUUCAUACAUUCUGCUCGAUGGCGUAAAGGUGACGGAGACUCACUGGUUGACUUCCACGCAGGUCCUGCGGGAACGGGCCACGGCGCUCGAAGCGACGGUCGUGGCGGUCGACGCCGAGGUCGAAGUGUUGGAAACGGCACUGUUUGCCAUGCCGGAAGACGGCCGGCACGGCUGCGUGCCGCGGCUGUUCCUCGGCGACGCCGCGGAGGGAGUCAUCGACCUUUCUGAGGCGCCAGAGGUAGUGAGUGCUCCGGCCGCGCCGGAACCUGUCGAGCCUGCACCCGGUGUGGCACCGCAGCAGCCGGCCACGCUGGAUACGCCGGGCGAAUGAUAUGUGUGAUGUACUACGUAUAAGUUAAGUUAG